AAAAUCUAUGCUAUCUCUUUCCCUUCUUUAAUGCCUUUAGUAGGGUCCUUUUCUCUCCACGCUCUCUCAUUCUCCCACCCACCCACCGCUACAAAACGCCAUAAAACCACACAGCACCCUUCUUCCCACUUCAUUUCCACGAUGGACUCUUCACCAAAUAGAACCAGUUGCUGCAAUUCACCCGAAUUCGAGUUCUGGAUGCUCCAAAACCCUUCUUUUCCUCAACCCAACCUUCUCUCCGCCGACGAACUCUUCGUCGACGGCUUCCUCCUCCCUCUUCACCUCCUCCCUAACAAACCACACCCUCCCCAAGCCUCCAACUUUAUAACUCCGAUCCACGAACCCGAACCUUCGCCAAGCAUAACCGAAUCCACCUCCACCACCACGUUCUCCUCGUCGAAACGGUGGAAGGACAUUUUCAAAAAGAGUGAUAAGAAAAACGCAGAGACCAACAACAACGAAGAGAAAGAGAAAGCAAAGAAGAAAGAGAGAAAAAGUGCAAGUGGAGCGAGUUCUGCGGAAUUGAACAUCAAUAUAUGGCCCUUCUCGAGAAGCAGGUCCGCGGGAAACGCGGGUACCCGACCCAAGCUGUUCGCCGGAGCUCCGCCGACCCGGAAGGUUAACAGCGCGCCGUGCUCCCGGAGCAACUCCGCCGGCGAGUCGAAGUCCAGAAAGUGGCCCAGCAGUCCGGGCCGGGCCGGAGUCCACGUGGGCCGGAGCAGCCCGGUUUGGCAGGUUCGCCGGAAGAACUCCAACGAGCCUCCUCAGAAGCCCAAAGCUCGCCGGAGCAAAGUCACCGCCGGAGGAGGAACCGCCAGGGUUUUGAAUCUGAACGUUCCCAUGUGCAUUGGCUACAGACACCACCUAAGCUGCAGAAGCGACGAGAACAGCGCCGCCGCCGUCACCAACGGUAACAGUAAUAAUAAUUCUACUACUAAUAAUAAUAACAGUGGCGGCAAUGAUGGAGGAAGUGGGGGUAACAUUUUUAACCUACGCAACCUCUUCACCAAAAAAUGCGCAGUAACUUCUCACUAGUGUUACUUUUUUAACUUGUAUAAUUAUUUUUGACUUUUUUUUUGUUGGGGGUUUAGAAUUUUGAUUUUCGUAUACGGAAAGCUAUAGUUUCACUUUUGAUUUGUGACUUUGUAUGUAACCAAAAAGGUAUCUCUUUCUGACUUACAGAGAUUAGGACUUGAAACUAGAUUCCUUCAUGUCAUCUGAACUGCUUUGUACUCCUCCUCGUGUAAUCUGAACUGCUUUAUCAGAAUGUAUUUAUUGUUUAAUAUUAUAUUAUUAUUAUUUAAGUUCGGUUCGGACUUUC